ACCAUACGGUGUGUGGUGUGUGCAAAUAUUUGCAGCAAGUUAAUAGAAAAGCUUGUAGAAAAGUGGUAAAAGUGACGCGAAAUCUGUGCACAAAAUAUUGCAAUGCAACAAAGGAAUUUAUAGAGGCAGUUAACAAAUGUCGAGCCGGUCGGCGAGCCGGUCCAGUUUCAUGGAGCACAGCCGUAAAGUUCCUAGCUGCUCGAAAAUUUGAAGUUGGAAGAGCUUUGGCUCUUUACGAGCAGCAUGAAGCUACAAGAAAAAGGGAAGGACUAGCCCUCCUGCAGCCUACACAAGAACCACUUUCAAGUGAACUACGCACCGAAAAAUUUACAGUUUUGCCUUCCAGAGAUGCGACUGGAGCAGCCAUAGCUAUUUUUACAGCACAUUUACAUCUUCCUCAAAAUACCACACAUCAGACUACUUUACAGGGUGUUGUUUAUCAAUUAGAUGCUGCCUUGGAAAGUCUAGAGACUCAGAGGCAAGGGUUGGUCUUCAUUUACGACAUGUCUGAUAGUAAAUAUCAAAAUUUUGACUAUGACUUGUCUCAGAAGAUUCUCACACUUUUAAAGGGUGGUUAUCCAGCGAAAUUGAAGAAAGUUCUUAUUGUCACGGCUCCUUUGUGGUUCAAGGCACCAUUCAAAAUUCUGCGAUUGUUCGUUCGGGAAAAAUUGCGGGACAGAGUAUUUACCGUAUCCAUUCCUCAAUUAACGCUUCAUAUUCCACGAGAAUCUUUACCACGUCGUUUAGGUGGUACCUUGGAAAUUCAGCAUGAAGCAUGGCUACUCCAUUGUCUUAAAUCUAUGACGAAUCGGGGAGGUGGUGAGCUUUGCGAGGUUACCCCGAGAGCGGGUACUCCUCUUUCUCCGACGACGAAGAACCACACUAUACAUCAAAGUCCAAAUGGAACGCCUAUUAGCAACCCAACUAGUCCUAUGGCGGAUAAAAACAAAAUCAAAAAUGGUAUGGCAAAUAUUGGAGACAUUGAGGUUACGAAUGGCGACGUGUGGAGCGGAAAUGACGAAGCUCCGUCACCGGUUCAGCCUCCGUCCUCUGCUAGCUCGGGUUUCAGCGACGACGACAGUCUUCACGGCGAUCUUGGUCUCCAGGCAGUCAGUAUGGAGCAGCUCGUCGAGACGAUACGUUCCAGGGGUCGUAUUGGGCUCGUAGCAGAGUAUGCGGAAAUCAGGCUAAGACCGCCGGACGGUUCCUUUAACAAUGCUAAGCUAAGACCAAACCAAGUAAAGAAUAGGUACACAGACGUGUUAUGUUAUGAUCAUAGCAGAGUUUGUCUUUCACAAAUCGAUGGUGAUCCCACGUCUGACUAUAUAAAUGCAAACUUUGUUGAUGGAUACAAGCAAAAAAACGCGUUCAUUAGCACUCAGGGCCCACUUCCAAAAACCUGUGGUGAUUUCUGGAGAAUGAUCUGGGAGCAACAGACACUUGUCAUCGUUAUGACGACUAGGGUGGUUGAAAGAGGGCGUACAAAGUGCGCACAGUACUGGAAUGUGGAACCAGGAAAGGACUACUCUGUUGGUGCUUUUACUGUUACUACUCUCGAAGUAGAAGCGAAUCCGGAUUACACAAUAUCAAAGCUCUUACUCGCCAAUAACAAGACUGAAGAGACAAGAGAAGUUUGUCACAUGUUAUACACAGCUUGGCCAGACUACGGAGUACCUCAAUCGGCAAGAGCUUUAUUACAGUUCCUCUCGUUAGUACGACAGCAACAAAAUGCACUUUUGACCAGCAGAGGUGAUACUUGGGCUGGACAUCCACGUGGGCCGCCUAUAGUUGUACAUUGUAGCGCCGGUAUUGGCAGGACAGGGACGUUUUGUACUUUGGAUAUUUGCAUAUCUCGACUGGAAGACACUGGUACUGUAGAUAUCCGAGGGACAGUGGAAAGAAUUCGAGCACAAAGGGCGUACAGUAUUCAAAUGCCAGACCAAUAUGUCUUCUGUCAUCGAGCCCUGGCAGAAUAUGCACUUUCCAGGGAUAUGCUGAGUUCCCAGGAUCUUGCCAUGUUAUCACCCACCAUCGAGGAGGACUCUGACUAGACUAAUUCUAUUAGAAACACAUUAGAUUGAUACACUUAUCAAUACUAGGUAUAUUCUUGCAUUUCCCUUCCAUUGUCAGGUUCAAAACAAAUCAUCCGAAGAUAUUCUUUAAACUUUUAUCAAAUUAUCAUCGUCAUCGUCGUCGCCAUCAUACAAUGCUUUCAAUGAUACUUCUCAUUUCUUACUCCUAAGUCGGCCUGCUAGCUAGGAACCAAAAUUCCCGUCAAGCAUAACUACUCACGAUGAGAUCUGAAACUCGUUCUCGAACCUUCGCAUGCAAAUCAAUCAAAAUGAAUUCAUGAAUUGAACAAGUGUCUUAAUCCAUUUCAUGUGAUUUGAACCUGAAUUAGAUAUCGAUUAGGCAUUUUAUACGAAUUGAUUGAUAGAAUUCUAACUAUAUUUAUACACGGAAAAAGUAACGGAAUAGUCGACUUUUUUUAUUUCCUUUGAAAGGUCUCUUCACAUGGAAUGGAAUUUCUCACAGUUUGACACCAAUUUGCAAAAGAUUUUGGAAACCGUAUGCAGUUUUGUCAAGCGUGAUCCAAAUUGAUGAAUUUAAAAGACUUGAAAAAAAUUAUAAGGAAUAAAAAGGAUAAUUUAAGUAGCGUUUUCUUAAAAGACGAUCGCGCGAGAAUUUCUUUGAUAAUAAAUGCAAUUUAGUGAUGCUUAGUGAAGCGGAUGAAGAAAAUUGCGUUGAAAAUAAGCGAUCUCAUCAACCUUUGAAACAGGCGAUUGAUGAUAAACCAGAUAGGCAUUUUUGGGUAACCAAAGAUUAUUUUCUAUUCAGUCGUAGAUGAUCAAAACUUGCCAAUGAUAAAUUAGA